AUGUCAUGCCCAAUUAGUAGUGUAAUAGAUUCAACUAUCCUCCCCGCCUUCACCUUUGAGGUACCUAUGUAUUCAAACAGGUUUGCAGACCAAACUUCAUCGACGUCUAACUUGCCUAGCCUUGAACAUGGUAGAUUUUCUUACCCGCGGCCUCGUCCAACUACCAACUUAGUUCCAUCCAAGAAGAACAAGGGAAAAGCAAAAGAAAAAUCACCUCCAGUUUCCGAAAGCGAAUACCAGCCCAGCGAUACUGAAACUAUUGAGACGAAUAAAGGACCUCAGAGAAUAUACAUGGAUUCUGGUGUGAAGGUAGGUGGGGAAGGUGGUCGCGCCUCAGGAAGUGCCAUGAAGGGCACAGAACAAUCGUGUUCUCAAGAUCCAAACAAAGAGGCAAAGAAUUGCAAUGCUGAGUAA